GUAAAAAGGAGCGCAUCAGACAAUGUCAUCGACAGUCCCAGGCGCGCGUCUGUGCACAAUGUUAGGGGUUUGGCGGUGUAUCCACCCGGGUCUGAUAUGACCGUGAGCUUCGACGCGAAUCCCAUGAUGCGUCAGUAUGGCCCGCGAUCCCGCACGACUGAGAUGUCUUCGCCCAGGGAGGCCACCAGUGCAAAACAAAGGUAG